UGGGUGGGUUGAGGCGAGGUGGCGGUUAGCCACAUCCUGAGGCUGCGGCUCCUACAGACGAACCGCAGUACUGUAUUGGCGACGUCAGUGAGUAGCGGCUGGAGAAAUGGCUACCACACCGAUCAGGUCACAGAAUGUGCAGCAAGCCGGCAGGAUGAAGAAGGACGAGUCUUUCUUGGGAAAGCUAGGAGGAACCUUGGUGAGGAAGAAGAAGGCCAGAGAAGUGAGUGACUUACAGGAAGAAGGUAAAAAUGCUAUCAAUGCUCCACUGUCUCCAACACCUACUGACAUUCAUCCAGAGGACACAAUGCUAGAAGAGAAUGAAGAAAGAACAAUGAUUGAACCACAUUCCAAGGAAGAAGCCAAAUUCAAAGAACUUGUAAAGGUUCUCAUUGACUGGAUUAAUGAUGUACUUGUAGAAGAAAGAAUAAUAGUGAAAACUCUUGAAGAAGAUUUGUAUGAUGGACAGGUUUUGCAGAAGUUGCUAGAGAAACUUGGAAAUCGUAAACUUAAUGUUGCAGAAGUGACACAGUCAGAAAUAGGGCAGAAGCAGAAACUUCAGACUGUCUUGGAAUCUGUAAAUGACCUACUUCGACCUCAAGGCUGGGCUAUAAAAUGGAGUGUUGAUUCGAUCCACACAAAAAACAUGGUGGCUAUUCUUCACCUUCUCGUGGCUUUAGCCAUGCAUUUCCGAGCGCCUAUCAGAUUGCCAGAGCAUGUCUCCGUGCAGGUGGUGGUUGUACGGAAGCGGGAGGGCAUACUUCAAACAUCGCACGUUACAGAGGAAUUUACCAGCACAACAGAGAUGAUGAUGGGGAGAUUCGAGCGGGAUGCAUUCGAUACACUGUUUGACCAUGCACCUGAUAAGCUCAAUGUUGUUAAGAAGUCGCUUAUCACAUUUGUGAAUAAACAUCUAAACAAACUUAACUUGGAGGUGACAGAACUGGAGACACAGUUUGCAGAUGGUGUAUACUUGGUGUUGCUUAUGGGACUUCUUGAAGAUUACUUUGUUCCUCUCUACAACUUCUAUCUGACACCAGAAAGUUUUGAACAGAAGGCUCACAAUGUAGCAUUUUCCUUUGAGCUUAUGCAGGAUGGCGGACUUAAGAAACCAAAGGCUCGCCCAGAAGAUAUUGUAAACCUGGACUUGAAGUCAACGCUGAGAGUGCUUUACAAUCUAUUCACAAAAUACAAGAAUGUGGAGUAAUUGUUGGAAUAAUCAAGACAUUCUGGGAGAAACAUCACUGAGCAGUUACCAGGAAUGCCUCCCAUAUACCUGUGCCUUGCCAAGUUGACAUCGCAGUAUUAGUUUGUUUGGAUUUUUUAAAUAAGAAAGUUCCUAGUUUGUAAUUUGCUUUUAUACUUAUAAGACUCUUUCCUCCAGAUAUGUUUCUUCCUUCUCUUAAAACCAUUUUGUUAUUUAACUAAAUGUCCACACCUUGUCUGAAGUGCUACAGUUACAAUAUUGUCUGUUAUAGAGUCAAUGGAACCCGACCAUUUUAUUUCCUGUGUUUUCUUUUAUGCUGUAUUGUAGUAUGAAUUUUGUUACACCAUGCAUGUUACCUGACUCUUUCUCACCAGGUUAUAUUGAGGAUAGAGUAUAUCAUUUGUUUGCCUUGAAACCUCUUGAGGAUUGAGCAGUGUUUCACCUUUCAAUGCACAGAACUCGUUCCUAGAAUAUAGUGAUGUCUGUGUGGGAGGAUACUGGUUAGAAACGGAGAAUGCUUUGCAAUUGUACAACAAUUAAUUGACUUUAAAAAGUGACAGGUGUAAGUCAUCACUUACGCUGCAAUACUGUUUUCUUCACUCUUGUAGUGCAGUGGUAGGUUCCCUACCUUGGAGCCAGGAGACCCAAGUUCAAGUCUCACCUGUUCCAGCAUUGUGCAGUAACAUCUGUAAAUAGGUUGAUUAGAAAAUAGUAACUGUUUUCUUCAAAUGGCCCUAGAGGUGCAAUGGUAGUGUCCCUUCCUCUGAACCAAAAGUCUGGGUUCAAGUCCCACCUGAUCCAAAAGUAUGUACUAGCAUUUUUUAACAGAUUGUUUAGAAAAUAUAUUAUUUUCUUCAGGGGCUUUUGUGUGUAGUGGUAGUCUCCUGACCUCUGAGCCUCAUUAGUUCAAAUCCCAUCUGCUCCAGAGGUGUGUAAUAAUAUCUCUGAAGGUUGAUUAACAAAUAUCUAUUUUCUUCAAGUAAUCAUGACGCAUCUUCUUCGUUUAUAUGAAAAUUAUCCUAUAUAUUUACUCCCACAAUUUCAUCAGUUGAAAUGAAGUAAAUAAUGCAGUUAUAGUAUUGUUCAUGUGCUAUGCCUUAUUUUAUCAUUGUCCACUUUAGUUCUUAAAGCCAAGAGAGUAGGUUUCUACUUCCUUUUAAGGCUUUACCAAUGACACUGAGAGAUGCAUAUGUCUUGCAUUUUUCUCCUGGGCUCAAAUGUCUCAGUGCAGCUGAGAUUGAGAAUUCAGUGAAGCAGCAACUUUCAUCUCUUUACAAUGCUACAGCCUCACUGCAAGCAGUGAUUCAUCAUUGUUGGAGUACUACACUGAGAGAUUAAGUCAGUACAAUUUAUGUAAUAAAAUAAUUCUCACAAAUUUGUAACAGGCUUUACAAAGAUAAGAAUUUCUUCUGCUUUUGUAAUCUGUCUCAAAUUCUUAGGAAAAUGAUGGCCACAACAACAAAGGAGGAGGAAGUGACUGAACAUAAUGUUCUAAGGAGAGAGUGACAAGUAGUUGGGUUGAAAAGCCGUCAUCAAAAUUAAUGGAAGGAAAUAAUACAGUGAAAAUACUGACUUGAAGGAAUUUUCUUUCUUUAAAUGAUCAGAAUUAAUUAUUUGUAUGGAUCCCAGAAAAUGUUCUAGGAUUUUACUGCAGUGUUCUAAAUUACAAUACUUAAUAUUUAAUGUAUGUUUUGACAAUGGGUAAUUAAGUAGAGGCACAGAAAAAGCCGGGUUAAAUAUACUUAGAUAACUUAUAUAACAAUACAAAACGGUUAAACAUAAACUAAUUAUGUAUCAGUACACAGCUGGUUGACUACUUGAAUUCUGUAUUUUGACAAUUCUGUUUUUUUUUUGGUAUUUAAUACUGUUAAAGAAAAUCAAAAUAUUAGGCUGGAGAUUGAAAUGUUAAUGAAUCCUUCAACCAAAUGGUGGCACUGUAGUACAAGUAGACUGUAAGGCACAAGUGAGCCUUUACAAUAUGACUGAAACAUUUCUGCUUUGAAACAUUUGUCACUUUGCAGACUACUGAAUAUUAGGGUGCUGGGGGUGUCUGGAAGCAAAAUUCCUUGUUUUGCCAGAAAUGUUUUGAAAGCUGUUUUAUAAUUGGAAAAUGAGGAGGGCUUAGUGCACCGUAUUUGAGAUGACUGAUUCACCAAGUUAAAAUUGAUGAUUUUAAUGGAGCAAAGUUAACCUGAGUACAGAUUGAGAAUUCUUGGAUAAAAUUGUUGAUGGGAGAAAUCUCCCUCUGUAGGAGCACAAUCAUGUUACCCACUCACCCAGGGACAGCAUAAGGACAGUUUAACCUGUGUAAUUGGGCCUUGAUCUAGAGGAUUCACCGUUCUCCUUUGCUGAGUCAUAACCCAGGGUGCAAGUAACUGCUUUCAGAGGUCUAAUCUCAGUGCUUAUUUCUUACCUACUUUAUUCACCCUCUCACAAGAGUGGCACUGAAGUGGAAGAAGGUGUCAAAUUCAAUCCUUAUAAACUGCAAGUGAAAUGUAGAGCCUUCAAAUUGUGUCAAUGCAUGGGAACCUUGCAAAGCAAGCUCCUUAAUGGUACAGGAGUUCAGAAAACAUUGCAAAUUGUAGGAACAGUUCUGUUUUUCUGUAUUUUUUUAAUAUACUUGAGUGAUUAUAUCAUAAACUGUUUUCUAUUGUUAGAUUCCAAUCUACAAUUAUAAUUGAGACAUGAACAGAUAGUGAAAUACAUGUACUAUAACUGGCACUUGAGCAUUGGAAAAAAAGUUUGCACACAGUUGGGUUUUUUCUGAUAUUUGCCUUGCAUACAGUUAUUUGUUUUGCCAUUGUGACAAUUUAUAAACUCUUACUAUCUUUUGUAUAAUCUUUUACUAUUUAUCAAACCAACAAGUUUAUAGGUAUUUUCUUAGUGCAUAAUAUCAUCAACUACGGUGCUAGUUAGGUGUAACCAGAGGCCAGUAUGGUUAUAACUUGCAGUGUCAAUUUACUUGAAAAUUGUUUCUUUUAAUAGAAAAGUAUACUAUUAGCUGCAAUUCUUCAUAAACUGGAGAUAAGUUUACAGUGAUGCAGUCACUGACUAGUGUUACUUGAACAAUCAUACACAUGUACCUGUAAGUUCCUUUUGCACUGAAUUACCUUAAUAGUGUGAUUUUCUUCUAGCACUUUAGAAGAGUAUAAAUAUGAUUCAUUGAUGUUAUCAGUUUUCUUAUUUUGUAUGUCAUCUGAGUUAUAUUCACUGUAAGUAAGGUACAAGACACCAGCACGUUUCCAUCUGGUAUAUCAGUCUUCGCAAUCUCAUAAAAAAACCCAUAUCCGACUUUACAUAAUGCCCUACUAGUGCAUCUCCCUGAACUUGCUGAUCUACAUUGAUUCCUGGUCACCUAAUGUCUCCAGUUUAACUACUUCCUCCUUUAAUUUAAAUCCCUCUAUGGCCAUUUCAUUCCAUAACUUUGUAGCCUCCUAAAGUGCUUCUUCAGGCUCCUCCUCCCAUUGAGCCCUACAUUCUUACAAAUUUGACCUUUCAUGCAUUUUCCCUUCCCUAUCUUUCACUUCUGCACUAUGCCUGCUUUCAACGGUUUGGAAUUCCCAUUUUACAUCCCAUGUAACCUCUGUUAAUGCGUUCUGUUGACAAAACCUUGUUCUCCUGUUACGUCAUCACCAUUAGCAAGGCAUCAAUUAAUUUGAAGAUUAAGAAUCUUGGGAUAUUUUUGUGUUAAAGGCAUGUCUAAAUGUUUCUGCUGCAUGCCAUUUACAUGGUACAGAUUUUACCUACUAGUUGCCCAAGCCUGGUUAUUAUCCCAACUUGUUGCAGACUCGGAUGGGCUGCUUUAUUGUUGGAAGAGAUUGCCCAUUAAUGUAACCGCUAAUGUUUGCAUUCCAGAAAGCUUCCCUGAUGAAUUUGAUGACCGAAUGUAGCAGUUUUUCCUCCCAUUCCCAACCACCUUUAGUGCCUCCUAUUCUUAAGCUAUCUUAAGGGUUUCCCUUUGAUUCCAUUAACUCAAGUUUGGCCAGGCUUCUUUGUGCUGUGCUUGGUUAAUUGCUGUCUUCUUGUUGAUUGCACGUACUACUGCCUGUCCUCCAGGCUGCCUUUUCCCUGGGGUGAUGUGUAAUAUAAGGACAUACAUCCAGAUUAUGCCUCUGACUUAAUUGACAAGACAUCAGAAUGGAUCAAGCUACCAUGUUGUUUAUCUAUUCCUAGUAUAUAAGAACAAGAUCACUGUUACCUGAAUUAAUCUGAUUCAUGUUAAUGUAGCUAUAACAUGACUGAAUUUAUACAGAAUAUCCUCUGCAAUAAAUAUAGUUAAGUUUUGACUUAUGUACAAUAUGUUCUUUAGGAAUAUGGAGGUUGUAAAUCUCACUGAUUCUUGGCAAUUUAAUUUUAAUCUUAAAAUAAUUAGUUAAAUUCUUGCAACCAAAUCACUGACUUUAUAGUGCAUAAAAUUUGAAAGUUACAAUUGUAUGCUGCACCUUUUUGACACUUGGAACUGGCUGAUAUUGAAAGUUGCAGCUAAGUGAGGCUCAAGAAUCUGAUUUUAAAGUUAAACCAAGUUUUGACUUUUUUUUAAAUGUUCAGAAACACUGAAUAUUUACAUUUUCUUCACUCUACUGCAUUGGGUAGUGUCAGUUCUAAUACACUCUCCAAGAAAAAAAACAGGUUAGUUUUUAAAGUAUUUUAAGGUUAAACACAUUAUAUUCCAUGUUAAUAGAAUAUUAGAUGUGUGGAACUCAAAUUGAAUACUUCUUACUGAACAAGAGAAUGUGAACAAUAACCUUGACUACAGCUUGGACUCUUAUUCCUAGCAGCAUAUUUACAUCUGUUUCUUGUAAAGGUGAUGUAUUCUGGAGGACCUAUCAGAUUGCAAAGGUGCAUUUUACAGCUCCCUUUACAAAUUUUGCAAAGGUACUAUGCAUGUAGACAGCAUUCUGACAUUUGAGCUGCUUUAUCCAGGCCUGUAUGAUGAUUUCGUAGUGACAAUUUUGACUUGAAUGAAGGAAUUGGAUUACUAGCUGACCUCAUUAGAGAUGAGGUGAAGCUGUAUGGGACAAGAUGUUAGCCCACUAUUUAGAAAGUUCAGUUUUAGUUAUGUAAUAAAUAUAAUUUAUUUUAAUUGAUUUUGUUGGAUGAAUCCUCAAUGCAAUAAACGUAGAUAUCACUAUCAUGAGCAGUCCAACAGGAAUAUUCUAUAGAUCGAACAGAAGGUUACAUAGUAUUGCAAUACAUUUUAAAAUAUUUUAUUGCCAAUAAUGCAAUUCAGCUGAAGUUAGUGCUGCACCAUUAUAAAUAAACAUUAUGACACAAAAGUAACUGCAACUAUAGUUUGUGUUUAAAGCAGUUCAAAAUCUGAUGUCUCAGAAAGAUUGCUGUUUGAUCACUGCUUUUGCCAUCCCACUCAGCAUCCUUAGAGAGCAUUUGUAUAAUGAAUAUUCAGUGAAGCAAUGUAUUGUGGUAAUCAUCUCAAUUUCCCAUUCCUAUUUUUGUGCUCUCAUUGGGAGUCCAUGUUUGAUUAUUUGUUCAAAAUUAAUUCAAUGGCAUACCAGGGUUAAUCUUUGGUGAAGGAAUGGGGUUGUCAAGAUUAUUCUCUCCCCGGAUUUGGUUGUUUAUUUUUGGUUGCUUGUUUGUCAUUAUAAUGUAAAUUUCAGCUAAUAAGGGAUAUCAACUUAAUGUCCAAAUAUUAUACUUAAACAAUACAGGCACAUGUCCAGCUGUUUUAAGAAGUUUAUAGCAAAUCUGUGAAAAUAGCCCAAAAUAGUAACAGAAUCUGAACUAUAACCAGCAAAGUAUUGCAUAAAACCUCAAACUGAUUCAAGUUAUGAUAGGAAGAUAUUAGGUUUUCACAUGAGUGAAACAGGUUAGUGCGGUGAUUGGUCAGGAAACUGUACUUUCACCCUUAGCAGCUAGGUGUGAGUCUAAACCUGAUUGAGUUUUGACAGUUUCAUCAUAGAUGUCAGUUCAUGGAAUAUAAUUUGGUACUAAAUAAUCAGUCUUUCUCAUGGACAUGCAUUGUGGAAAACAUUGUUUUCCUAUUGGGAUUAACUACAGAUUUCUGCAAAAGCAUAAUAAGAAUUCAGAAUGCAGUUAACCAGUUAGUUACUUUUGUUGAGUGUAGUUAUGAUGCUGGAGUUGCUUACCUCAGUACAGACAUGUCUCAACUCAUAUUAUACCUGAUGUAUUUGAGAAGGAAAGAAUUUCUCAUUUAUAGUGAAGUAUCCAACAGAAGUGUUCAUCUAUUAUUAGAAAAACGUGUUGCUCCAAUCACAAGCUUUUAAGAACUUGAGAAAUUAUCUUGUCUUCGUGCACUGUUAAUGAAUUGUCCUACUGUUAAAAGUUAUUUCUUUAUUUGAUCUCCAAGGUCACUUAAAAUGCAGUACUGAGUCAGUUACUAAGAGUAUCAGAAACUAUACUCCUGUGAAAGAAUACAAAUGUCUUCUGUAUGCAUGGUUUGAGAAACAUUAACCAUUAUUUAUUCUAAUAAAUAUGUUUGUUAGUGACCACGA